CGAGGUACAGUGAAUGUGACAUGAAAAUAAAUACAGGCACAUGAUGCGCAAAACCGAGGUUAUCAACUUAAUGUCAAGCGACGCAACAGUACAUUAGGGAAAGAAUUUGUUUCACAUGCCUUUCCUACAUGUAAAGAAUAUUCAGUUUUUCUAGUUUAACUUUAUGUAGUCAUACACUGUGACACACUCACACUGUCAGGAUGGUGUCCUACAAGCGCCUGAACCCUGAGGAUGUCCAGUUCUCCAGUGCAAUGCUGUUAGAGCCACGUCCUGGUCAAGAAGAAAUACCGGUUGCAGAGCCUGAGGAGGCCUCUCUCAUUCCACGGAGGCCAUUAUGUUCAGUCACUACAGGCCUUGUGAUCAUUGGUUGCCUGUUGCUGCUGCUGUGUGGAGGCUGGCUCCUGGGCACUAUGUUCUGGUUGCAUGGUUCCUCAAAUAAUGAACCGCACAAACCUCCUUCACCAGCAGCAGCCGGAGGCCAAACACCGAGCUCUAACACAACACAAACAGGUGUACAUGUGGCUGCAGCCUCCACCCGCCAGGAGGCCUGCAGUUUAAUCCCAGAGACCUGGAGGUUUGACUGCUAUCCUGAAAGAUAUAUAGUUGUGACGAAGGAGUUGUGCGAGGCGAGGAAUUGUUGCUUCAUCCCAGCAUCCUCCUCCACCAGUCAUCCAUCAGGAGGAAAUGGAAUACCCUGGUGUUUCUAUCCUCCAGACUUCCCUUCCUACUCACUGAGGUCAAUAAACAAUACAUCGCUAGGACAGAAAGGGACGCUCGUAAAGGAGGUGAAGACCUAUUACCCAGAAGACAUCUUCACUCUGGAGCUUGAGAUGCGCUAUGAGACGAAUACACGACUACGAGUCAGGAUCACUGAUCCUUCAGAGCCGAGGUUUGAAGUUCCAGUCUCUGUUCCCACUGCCACCAUGAAUGCAGAAAAUCCAGACUAUGUUGUAGAGCUGUCAAAGAACCCGUUUGGUCUCAUAGUGAAGAGAAAAUCAACAGGAAUGGUGCUUGUGAACACGACGGUGGCUCCUCUGUUCUAUGCCAACCAGUUCCUGCAGUUCUCCACUGUUCUGCCCACUCCGUUCAUUUAUGGUCUGGGGGAGCACCGCUCUACUUUUCUGCAUGACGUCCACUGGAACACACUGACCAUGUGGGCCAGAGAUGUCCCUCCUACAGAAAAGACGAAUCUAUAUGGAGCUCAUCCCUUUUACCUGGCAAUGGAAGAGGGUGGAAAUAGUCAUGGCUUCUUCAUGCUGAACAGUAAUGCAAUGGACGUGGCCCUGCAGCCUGCUCCAGCGCUCACUUGGAGAACCAUUGGCGGAAUCCUUGACUUUUACAUUUUCCUUGGACCAGAGCCUGGAUCAGUGAUUCAACAGUAUAUGGAGGUUAUAGGAUACCCAGCGAUGCCGAUCUACUGGGCAAUGGGCUACCAUCUGUGCCGCUGGGGUUACAAAACUAGCAAUUCAACUUGGGAUGUUGUCAGGAGCCUGAGGAAUUAUGGGAUACCCCAGGAUGUUCAGUGGAAUGACAUCGACUACAUGGAUAAAUUCAUGGACUUUACUUACGACCCUACAAAUUUCGGCACGCUGCCCGACCUGGUCAAAGAUCUACACGCUCAUGACCAGCGCUAUGUCAUUAUCCUGGAUCCAGGAAUCAGCAGCACUCAGCCCGAGGGCUCCUACUGGCCUUAUGAUGAAGGGCUGAAGAGAGGAGUUUUCAUGAAGGAUGAUGAAAAUAGAACACUUAUAGGGAAGGUGUGGCCUGGUCUGACGGCAUAUCCUGAUUUCUCCGAUGAAGUGACACACGAAUGGUGGUACGACAACCUUCAGAAGUUCCAUCAGAAGGUGCCUUUUGAUGGAUUAUGGAUUGACAUGAAUGAGCCGUCAAAUUUCCUGGAUGGGUCUACUCAUGACUGUCCGUCAAACCACUGGGAAUACCCUCCAUAUACACCAAGUGUGCUGGGAGACUUGCUGAGAGCCAAAACAGUGUGCGCCUCUGCACAGCAGAAGCUGUCCUUGCACUAUAACCUGCACAGCCUUUAUGGACUUAUGGAAGCGAAGGCCUCUGCAAGUGCACUGAAGAGGAUCACAGCAAAGAGGCCCUUUGUGAUCUCUCGCUCCACCUUCCCCAGUCAGGGCAUGUAUUCUGGACACUGGCUGGGAGACAACAGGAGCCAGUGGAAGGACCUGUACACUUCAAUAGCAGGUAUCUUGACCUUUAACCUCCUGGGCAUCCCCCUGGUGGGAGCAGAUGUAUGCGGCUUCAGCGAGGAGCCACAGGAGGAGAUGUGUGUUCGCUGGACACAGUUGGGCGCUUUCUAUCCCUUCACACGAAACCACAAUGCCCUCGACAUGAAGCCUCAGGACCCAACAGCGUUCAGCCCUUUGGCCCGAACCGCCAUGAAACAGGCUCUGCUGCUGCGUUAUUCCCUCUUCCCUCUGCUCUACACGCUGUUCCAUCACGCCCACGUACAUGGACACACCGUUGCACGACCACUAAUGUUUGAGUUCCCGAAAGAUGUGAAAACCUAUGGUAUUGAUAAACAGUUCCUGUGGGGGCAGAGCUUACUGGUGACACCAGUGUUGAAUCCUGGUGUGGACUCGGUGGUUGGUUACUUCCCAGAAGCACUGUGGUACGACUACUACACGGGAGAUGCUGUGCACAGUAAAGGUGAAGAGCUGCAGCUUCAUGCACCUUUAGACAAGAUCAAUCUGCAUUUGCGUGAAGGCUCUAUUACACCAACACAGACUCCUAACCUCACCCUGUGGGUCAGCAGUGGUCAGCCUCUGCAUCUGGUCUCUGCUCUGACUGAGGACGGAUCUGCCACCGGAGACCUGUUCUGGGAUGACGGAGAGUCCAUUGACACUUUUGAGACUAACCAGUAUGCAUACAUUGUCUUCAACGUGACAAAGAAUGUAAUGACGUCUCAGGUUCUCCACAACCACGUGGAGGCCACAUACAUCACGGUGGAGUCGGCCUCCUUCUACGGUGUGAAGGAGAAGCCCAGCAGGGUCCUAGUGAACACCCAGGACGCUCUGUUCACCUACAAAGAAAACCAGGUGUUAACAGUCGCAGAUCUGGGUCUGAACCUCAGUCAGAACUUCACCAUCAGCUGGAUGUAGUGAAUCACAUGAUCUUAUCUGUUUUUUGUUUUGUUUUUUUCUUAAGCUGCAGUCAGUCAGUAUUGGUUUUAUGAUCAUUUCAUUGUUUGGAUUGUGUAAUCCUGACACUGGGUGGUUUUAAUGUUGUUUACCGCUUGAUUUCACAUCUCAUCCUGUCAACCUGAAUUUAUGCUUAUUCAUUUCCUGUGAAAGUUAACACACUUACAUACUGUCUUCCAAUCUAUUCUUUAAUAGUUGUUGACAUUUCAUAUGAAACCUGCAGGAGAAAACAAAUGUUCGUCAGUCACGACAAGUAAAUCCAGUCCAGUUUUACAUUGGUCUGAUUUAUUUUGCAAAGCUUUUUCAUCUUAUCAGAACCAACAGAAUCAGAAAUGAAACCUCAUCACACAUUCAAAAACAUAGGAUAGUCUAGACACUGCUUUAAAUAUCUGUGCUUUUAAUAAAUACAAAAUUUCUGCUUUACUCUGACCUUAUUGACACAUAAGUAUCAGUUUUGCCUUGGUUCAUUUUGAUCAAAUCUGUUUCUUUACUCUUAUCAGCAGUAUAGUUAUGUGCAAUAAACUCGAAAUAUAAUUAACAUUUAAGAAGUGAAAAGUCCAAAUAUAGUUCAUUACGUGAUGUGUAUAUAUAAAAUGCUGUUGACGGCCUUUUUUGCACUAUUUAGCUGCAGCAUUUACUUUAGCUGUAAAGUAAAUGCUGGUGCCUUAAGGUUAUAAUUAGUGUUCUGCUUUAUAAUGUCUCUGGGUUUUUUAAAGAGGAUUCUUAGCUCAACAUUUUAUUAUAAACCUAAAGACUAUAACGCUGCUCUGCCUGAGAUCAGCUUUAACUGCAACAUCAUCCCAAAAAAAGCCAUGUCGUGUGAUCAUUUUACUGUGAAUUUUCUCUGCACUAUUUUUACAUCCUCGAUGAAUGUGGUUAAAGUGAAUAGAUCGAAGACGGUGGUUGAGAUCAGACGCCUUCAGCCUAAAUUGGACCAUGAUGCUGUGCAAAUAUGACCAGAACUUUAUUUUUGCAACAUUUCAAAGCAACUUUGGGAUAUAAUGUUAUAUAGAGUGUGUAUGCAUGUGUGUGUGCUGAACUGCAAAUGACACAUCCAUGUACAGAUUCACAGCAGAUUGUAACGUGUGUUAAGUGACAAAAACUGUUUUAAUAUUUGUCUAAUUGCUGAAAUGUAAUUAAAUUAAAAAUAUAAAAAUAA